UAUCGACUUAAAAAUGCGUUACGUGGCCGCUGCACUUCUGCUCGCUCUCGCCGAGGAUAAAAUUACCGCCGAGAAUAUCGAGAAGAUCCUGAGUUCUGUUGGUGUGGAAAGCGAUAAGGAGAAACUGGCAUUGGUUGUGAAACAACUUGCCGGUAAAUCUAUCGACGAGCUCGCUGCCGCUGGCCGAUCUAAGCUCGCAGCCAUGCCUUCAGGUGGUGCUGCCGCCCCUGCUGCUGCUGGAGACGCACCUGCCGCCGCCGGUGGUGCCGCCCCCGCUGGCAAGAAGGAGGAGAAGAAGGUUGAGGAGGAAGAAGAAGAAGAUGAUGAUAUGGGAUUCGGACUCUUUGAUUAAUUCCGAUAAAGCUGUUCACAUCUAUUUUGUAAACUUCCUCGUAACAUUCAACGGAAUAAAAUGGAAAAUAAAAAACUGAAAUUAUUUUCAAUCUUUCAGA